UUAAUAAUGUUGGUAGCAAGUAAGUAAGAUGUAAUGUACCGUCAUGGCGACGUUACCGCCACGGAAAAAUCCAACUCCAACGAAAAUUUUAAAACAACAUUUAACACCAUUACAAACACUCUUACAAUUGGGUUUUCCAAAACAUCGAGCAGAGAAAGCAUUAGCUGCUACAGGACAUCGAGGUGUUCAACUUGCAUCUGAUUGGCUAGUAGCUCAUGUUAGAGAUCCAACUUUGGAUACUUAUACUCAUAGACAAUAUAUUUUAUAUGCUUGUCCUACGGGUGAAUUAGCUGAACAGCUAAUGAGAUUUUGGUCUGAAAGUAAAGAACUUAUAAGAAAUGGAGCUCAUAAUUACAUGCCACAUAUUACACUUGUGUCAUUUUUUAGAGCACCAGAUGAAUCUACUGAAGAGUUGGUAAAUAUUCUUGAAAAUGUAAUUAAUCAAAAUGAGUUAUCAGAUAAUAUUGAAUUAGAAACAUAUAUUUCUCCUAAUUUUAUGGGUUUAUUUGUUAAAAAAGCAAAUGUAGAAUGGCUGAAAAAUGUUGCUAUUCAUUAUGUAAACAAACUUUCAAGUUUGGGGAUUUCUGCAGAACCUCAAGUAAAAUCUUUACAUUUGACAUUAGCUUAUCAGUUCCCUAGCAAUUUAUAUCAACAAUUGCGUUUAAUGGUAGAAAAAUUAAUACUUACUUGUCCAACUAAUUGGGAACUAAGAUUAUAUUCUAGAGAUCCUAGAUUACAAAAUAUACAUGUACAUAAAGUAACACAUGCUCAUAUGCCUAGAGAACAUGAUGAAUUAGAAUUAAGAGUAGGAGAUUACAUUUACAUUCCAGAAGGGGCAUGUAGUGCAUCUACAGAUGGUUGGGUCGAAGGUAUCUCUUGGUUAACUGGUAUUUCAGGCCAUUUACCUUUAAAUCAUACAAAACGUACAGCUGAAUCAGAUUCAUGGACUUUACACACUACUAUACAAAUUACUGACAAUAAAAGUGAAAUUUUAGAAAAAGAAGAAAUACCUCUAACUCGUAAGCUACCAGAAUUAUUAUCAAGUGAUUCUGUAGACAGUCCUGAUGGAGUAGCAACAACUAAUGAACCAAUAGAGGCUUCUGAAGCACCUCCAAGUUUCUCAAGACAAAUUUUUAUAUGCCGCCAUGGAGAAAGAGUAGAUUUUACAUUUGGAGCAUGGAUUCGUUACUGUUUUGAACCAAAUGGAUCUUAUGUUCGUAGAGAUUUAAAUAUGCCAAAAGAAAUACCAUCAAGAAAUAUACAGGAUUUUCGAAAUGAUAGCCCUUUGACAACUGUAGGUGAAAUGCAAGCAAGUUUAGUAGGAGAAGCUAUGAAAUCAUCUAGUAUUAAAAUUGAUGUGGUUUUCACAUCUCCAUCAUUAAGAUGUAUACAAACAUUGGCUCAUAUCUUAAAAGGAUUAGACUUGAAUAUUCCAAUGAAAAUAGAACCAGGUCUUAUAGAAUGGUUAGCAUGGUAUCCAAAUGGUGUUCCAGUUUGGAUGACAUCUGAAGAAUUAACAAAAGCAGGUUUUAACAUAGAUAAAAGUUAUGAUCCAAUUAUUAAAGCAAAAGAACUUCCAUUAAAGGAAAAUGCAGCUCAGUAUUAUGAACGAAGUUAUGAAUUAAUCAAACGAAUUAUUGAAAAUACAGUAGGAAAUAUUUUAAUAGUAGCUCAUGCUGCUUCUUUGGCAGCUUGUACUAGGCAAUUAACAGGUGGAAGAGUUCCACCAGCUUCUGAAGUUACAAGAUUAGCACAGAGAGUACCAUAUUUAGCAUGUCUAACAGCACGUGAAGAAUUGGAUGGUUGGCAACUUCAUCCACCUCCAUUUCCACCUAUAACCCAUACCAGUAAUACUAGAUUUGAUUGGAAAGUAUUAUUAUAAAAAAUAAUUAAUAUUUUAAAGUUUUUUUCUCUUUUUAUCCUUUAUUAUACAAAAGCUGCUUAAACAUAAAAGACUGUAAAGAUACAAUGAAUUUUUUUGUAACAUUUAAUUUAUACAAAGUAGAUUAAAAAGAGAGAAAACGUAUUAAAAAAUUAUAUAUUCUGGGUUGGGUUAUUUAUAAUAUAAUAAAAUAUGCCAGUUAACUAUUCAAUAAUUACAAAAAUUAAUACUUAUAGGGCAAUAAAUACGGGUAUUGACAUUUAAUUCUACCUUCUUUAUAAAGAAUUUAGAAUAUGUGUCUCAAAAAAAAAAUUUGAAUUGAUAUUUUAAAAAAAGAUAUAUAUAUUCUUUUAUAGAUUUCGUAUUGAAUGUUUAGGAAGUUUUUAGUAAUAUGACAUAUAGUAUUUAUAACAUUUGAUAGAAAAAUAUUAAUAAUACAUUCAAAGUCUUAGAGAAUAUAUUUAAAAAAUCAUGACAUUAAGAAAUUUGAUAUAUUAUAAUUUUUUUUAUCUUUAAUUUUUUAUCUUAAUUAAAAAUUUUAAAAAUUAUUAAUCUAUUAUUUAUUCAAGUUUUUAAAUUUAUUUUGCAUAUAUUAUGUAUACAUUAUGUAUACAUAAAUAAUGAAAAAAUAUGAAAUCAAAUCUGUUUUUUAUAAAAUAUAUGAAUGCACAUAUAAUUUAGAUUUAAAAUAUAUUAUUUUUAUGUUUAAUAAUUUAGUUACAAAAAAUCUAUUUAAGUGAAAAAAUUACGAAAAUCAGUAAAUAACAAAAUUUUUUCAUACAUUGUAUAAACCUAUGAAAUAAUAGUUGGCAUGAAUAAUGUGUGGAGAUAUAGAAGUACAAAAUCAAUGUAGGAAAAUGUUAUUUACCAAAGAAAUAUAUAAAAUGUUAUUUCAUUACAAAUAUCAGUUAUGUCAUGAAAGAAUCUACUAUUUUAUUUACUAUAGAAAAAAAUUUAUUAAAGUAUAAUAUAUAGUAUACCUCAUAAUGUUUAAAAAAUUUUUUUAUAUAAAACAAAAUUUAGUAAAAAAUAUAAAUGUAAAAUAUUAUAAAAUAUUUAUAAUAUAACAAACUUUUCUAUAACAGUAUUAAUAAUUA